AUGUUGCUAAAACCGUCAUCCAUCGAAAAUAACCCUUCAAUUGCUCGUUACCGUACAUUAUCAGCAUCGCAGUUGUCUCCGUCAUCGAUUUCGUCAACAUAUUCCAUUGUGUCACAUUCAACUACUCCAUCACCGUCGUGCAGUACAUCUUCACUCGUCCUUCAUUCCACGAAGAAUAGUUUUUUUAAAAAUCCACGAAGUUCAAAAAAACCGGAACAACAGCAAGAUGAAAGUCGUUUUGUAAUGACAUUAAUGAAGUCACCAUCUAGUUCACCGAAUACAGCAACACAACGAGCGUAUAAUUCAUGCAAUGAAAUUGGCAGUGGUUUGAAUGAAAAUGAAUCAGGCGAUAAUGGGAAUAGUACUAGUAAUGGGAAUAACAAAUUUUUUAAAUCAAAAGUAACGGCCGCAUUAAAUCACAUGAAAUAUCGAUGGGCUGUACGGAUGAGACCAAAUUUUCGAAACAACGAAUCGCCAAUAUAUCUUCUAGGAAGAAAAUAUAAUGGAAAAGAUGACACGAGUUACGAUGAUGCAUCUUGCUCAUAUUCGGAACAAUCUUACAGUCAUUUUUUAUCUGACUUUCAACAACGCAUUUAUUUAUCUUAUCGGAAGCAAUUUGAUCCGUUAAUUGGAAGCAAUUCAAUUACUUCAGAUAUGGGAUGGGGAUCGUCUAAAAGAAAUUCUAUCGAGCAGUUGAAAAGUUUAGCAAAAUCACACAAACGUCCUCAAUUAUAUCGCGAUAUUAUUCGACUAUUUGGCGAUUUUGACUCAAAAAAAUGUCCAUUUAGCAUUCAUCGAAUAGUUGAAAUUGGCGAUAAACAUGGAAUCCGUCCCGGUGAUUGGUUUGGUCCUGUUUCUGUGGCACAUGCCUUAAAACAAGCUGUUCAGUCAUCUGUAGAAUUAAAACAAAUACCGGAUAAUCUUCGUGUGUAUGUCAGUCAAGAUGCAAUUAUUUAUCGUCAAGAUAUUAUCGAUUUAUGUUGUGCACCAUCAGCAGUGGAGAAGGCAAAAAAUUUGCUGUAUCCAACACUUCGUGAUUUGACAACAACUUCUACUAGUACAGUUGGAGAGAAAUGGAAUUUUUCACUAUUAUUAUUAGUUCCAUUACGAUUGGGUUUAAAUGAAUUGGAUCUAAUUUAUGAACCAUAUUUGAAAGAAGCGUUAAAACUAUCACAAACUGUUGGAAUUAUUGGUGGCAGUCCAAAACAUGCUGUGUAUAUCAUUGGAUUUCAAGACGAUAAUUUUAUUGAUUUGGAUCCUCAUUAUAGUCAAUCGACUGUAAAUGUAACAGAUGAUACAUUCGACCUAUCGAGUUUCUUUUGUUCAUCGCCAAAAAAAUUGACAGCCAAAAAAAUGGACCCUUCAUGUACUCUAGGCUUUUAUUGUCGUGAUCGAAAUGACUUUGAUCAAUUUUGUUCGGAGUGGAUGCAUUUAAGUGAUUCAUCAUCAUCUAACUAUCGUCGUGCUACUUUUACUAGUGGCACAAAUAAUAAUCCAUCAUCUUGUCCAAUAUUUCGAAUUAUGGAUGGUACAUUCAAAGAUUCUCAUUUAUCAUUUAGUGUUGAAUAUCCACAAGAAGAAGAAAAUAUUUUGAGAGUUACAAAAUUAAAUCAACCAACAAAGAAGAAUAAACAUUCCCAUUCAAUAGCUAAUAGUAGUAAUCAAAAUAAUACGAAUAACAAUAACAGUAAACAAUGUUAUACAGAUUAUGAUGGUACUCACAAUCGGUUACAUUCAUUGUCAGAUGAUUAUGUAUUUUUAUAA